AUGCGGCCGCCGGAGAUGACAUAUAAUCCUGCCUAUCACCGGGCUCAGGACCCUCUCCGUGCGGCACCGGUCUCCAUUCUGGCCUCUCGUCCCUGUCGAUCGCUGGAUUCCCCCGAACCGAGUCACUCAGUCCCGCAGCGCCCCUCCGACGAGUGGAUGCCCGGCUGCAACGUCAGUCCCCCCUCCUCCACCCCGCGAGGGUCCCAUACGUACUCCCCGGUGGCAUCACGGCGCCAGUCCCGAGUGUACGACGGCUCGCAGAUGACCCGGAUCCUCGUCUCCAGCUCCGGUGCUGGUCACAAGGAAGAGCGCGGCAAUUGGGCAGACCAGCCGUCCUUGAUUUCGGAAGAGCAGUUGGGCAUUCCGCGCGCGCAUAAGCGAGGCAUGCUGGAAGAUAUUACCGUCGAUCAGGGUCACGAUGCGCUUCUUAUGCUAUUCCGACUCUCUGUCCCAGUACCGAUAUUCUCCUUCGCCGCCUGCCUUUAUACCUGUUGCGCCCUUAUAUUCGCCUUCCUCGUCUCACCACUGCGUCUCUGUUCUCUAUCACCAUACCUCCGCAACUCCUCCUUCAAAGCACAGGUUUGCGACCUUCUUUCGCCAUCUCUCCACAUCCAUGAACGGCUUGUCUGCAUGCGGCCACCCAUAUCAGACAGUUCCUCCUCAACCCAAUGGAUCCGCUCCGAGUCCAACUCAGACCAGCCAUCGAUGCUAGCCGACUCAGCCAGAUGUUAUACCGUCGGCACCUCAAUAUGCAUUUUGAUCUUCUCACCAUUCCUGAGCAUUGCCAUUCUCCUCUGCGCCUGGACGGCCGCCUUCUUCUGGGUUUUCACUAUGGUCAUGGGCAACCCAGACGGCACAGAGCGCAAAGACGACGGCCGCGCGGCGGUCCUAGGAGUCUGCAAAUGGUGGCGGAUGUGGCUGGCCAAGGCGCGAAAGCCAUGA